AUGCAAUUGCAGUGAAGGAGAGAUUGUACUAUGUUACGAGGAUCUUGAUGCUCAUUUCCAAUUGAACUCAAAACUGCUCAUAGUAUCAAUAUUUUAUCUCUCGAGAAUCAAAUGGAUGCAAAAUUAAUUUUUAGUAAAAGAGUUGAUGAAUUAAGGGCAAUUAAAGCUUCAGGGACAGAUUGUGCAGAGAGGAUAAAGGCAGCCGAAAUAAUAAAAGACAACUGGUUAAACGUUCUUAGCAAAAUUGAAUCAGCUCAAAAAAGUGAUGAGCGAGUUUCAGAAGUCACUGCUGAUUGUAAAAGUGAAGAAUUAAAGUGUGAAGAAUCCAAAAUUAGCCCCGUACAUCAAAACCCCAGGUGAAUUGAUAGCAAAGAUGGAACAUCAAAUUUCGAUAAAAAUGAAGAUAGAGCCCCAAAAUUUAAUAAAAAUGAAAGAAUAGAAACUAAUGCCUAUUUUCAAAUAGAAUUUCCUACAAAAUAUGGAGAAAUUGUUUUAGUUGUAGGAAAUAAUGAAAAGCUUGGAAAUUGGGACCCAAAAAGGGGCUUUCACUUAGGUUGGACAGAUGGGAAUAUUUGAAAAGGGAUAGCCUCAUUUAAUGACAUUGAUCAUUCAGUGCUCCAUUAUAAAUAUGUAGUUAAAAAGGAUGACUGAUUUAUAUGGCAAGAUAAUGAAGAAUGAAAUAAUAUCCUGCAAAGCAGACUAGAAAAUUGUAAUAUUGAGUUCAAUCUUCACUACUGAACAAGACAUGGAGAAACUAUUUGUGUUUCAGGGAAUCAUGACAAACUUGGCAACUGGGAUCCAAAUAGAGCAUUUAAGUUAAAGUGGAACGAUGGAGGCUUGUGAAGCAAUUAUAUUUCAAUAAGAAAGGAAGACCUUCAUUCGAUUGAGUAUAAAUAUUUACUUAAAAAAUGGGAUGGAAACAUUUGGGAAUAUGGAAAAAGUCGCAAAAUUAACUGCAGUGAAAUUAGUGCAAGCAAAAAAGUCUUCGAUUGGUGGCAAGUUGAGAAAAAAAGUUUUAUUGAUUCCGUUUUAAGUGGGAUAUCAGGAAUAUUUAAACCCUAA